AUGUCCUGUGAGGACAGCGAUUGGCUCCUGUCUCAGACCUUCCCUGAGGUGAUUGGUCGAGUGAUGAACACUCAGCUCGUGACCUCUACAAUGAGCUUCCCUCCGCUCGAGAUUGAGCGUCAGAGUACCGCAGAGCCUCUUGUCCAGGCAAACUUCUUGAAAGGUUCUCCUCAUAGAAAGCACCCGGGUGUGACGAGCCUCAAAACAAUGCGUCUGCCCAAACCGCUGCAGGAAGCGUCGCUCUCCGUCUUACGAAGGGCAGAGGUUAAAGGUCUGACUGAAAGGGCACAAAAACUGUCAAACUUCCUUUGGAGCAGGAAGCGGGCAGUAGAACCCUCACAACUCCGGGAGAAAGCCCGCCUUCUUGAGAGGAAAUGUCUGGAUGAAGAGAGGGAUAGCCAUAAAGAUGUUGGUGACCGUGAACUAGAGGCUCGAAUUCAAAAGAAAGUUUUAUCAGAACUGAGACGAACAACAUACCACAGGAUUGUCCUCAGGUAUGAUAAAGAGCUUGGCUUGCUGUACGUGGCUGCUAGACUCGCUGGUGGUUAUGCUGCUGUCAUCAGAGCAUUAUAUGAGAUAAAGACGAGAGAUCCUUUGUUUGUACCGUCUUCUCUCCUGGACUUUGGAUCAGGACUUGGUUCAGGUGCUUGGGCGUCACACUCACUCUGGGGAGACCGUUUGAAGGAGUAUGUGUGCGUGGACAGCUCUGGAGACAUGAACGCAUUAGCAGAACAGCUGCUAGGAGGUGGUGAGGACAUGGAUAAUCCAGUGAUCAAACAAGUAUAUUUCCGUCAGUUCCUCCCUGUUUCUCCGAAGGUUCAGUUUGAUCUUGUGCUGGCUGCUUUCUCUUUGUCAGAACUAGCAACGCUGAACGAGCGACUGAAUGUUAUUUACACUCUCUAGAGAAAAACCAAUGCCUACCUUGUGCUUGUGGAGAAUGGAACCAAAGAAGGUCAUCAAAUUCUUAUGGAGGCCAGAAAUGCUAUACUGAAGGGAGAUGAGGAGGUUAUACAUGACAUGAGGAGACCAGCUGUAUUUGCCCCGUGCACCCAUGAGCUGACUUGCCCCAAGUUGAUCAAGCAACCUGUAGUUCCCUGUAACUUCAUCCAGUUCUGCUAUUCUCUGCCUUUAUCCAGGAGCCAAGAAAGACAGCAGGAGAAGUUCAGUUACCUCAUCAUAUCCAGAUCAAAUGAAGAGCAGACUCUGCAGAAUGAGGGGUUUGAUAUGGGCAGACUCACGGCACAAGUCCGCCGUAGACCCAGACAUGUUCAGUGUCAGCUCUGUUGCUCUGAUGUAGAACUCAAACACGUGGCUGUAACAGCCCGUCAUCAUGGAAAAGACGUGUACAGAUGCGCCCGAAACAGUGACUGGGGAGAUCUGUUGCCAAUGUUUCAUGAGGAUGACGACACUCAAAUUAAUGAGAAUCUAUGAAGUUCAUCUAUUAAUGCUGUAU